GUUCUCAAGCUCAAUUGUUUACGAAAAAGGCGUAAAGAGACGCAAUUAUUAGUUUCUAAUUAGAAAUCGGUACCGUCUACAUACAAGUUACGGAAAGUGAAAAUCCGGAUUUGGAACCGUUUUAAGAGAUGACUAGUCAAUUCCACAAGGAUUUGAUUCAACAGUAUAAAACAACAUGCAACAAACUGAAGAAAAUUCAACGAGUUCUCUUCAAACAAUUCGCACCGAACGUUACGGAAGUGGCCGAUGAGUUUGGGUCCCUGGCCAGCAGCUUCAAUAGCUCAUUUCUACCCGAAUAUGCGGCCCUCUGCUACAUGGGCCAGGCCAAGUGCGAGAAACUGAUCGGUAACGAGGCCACCGAAGUUGACGCGCUGCUGAGGGCAGCCAGAACGUUCCGAGUGGCCCACGAAAAACAAACCCGCAUCGGUGGAAACAACAUAUCCGGAGAUAAUCUGGAGGGGGCUUUUCGUUGCUACACUCAGGCUCUUUCCCGGUUACAGGAAGAUUCGGUCAUUAAGGCAGCCAUCAUCCGAGAGCUGAGAGAAGUCAACCCGAAUGUGGAAAUUACCAGUAAUUUUGUCUCGCCCUGUCAUCGCAUUUGGGACUUGGAGCAAUCGGCCGAAGAAAGUAUCCGCUCCAAGGAUUACGUGGCCGCGUUUGAAAAACUCACAGAAAUCUACGACGAUGUCACAGAACGUCGGUGCGAGGACCUGUAUGAACAGGUCCUGCGCCGGGUAGAGAUUUCCCGUCUUCUGUUGCUGUGCCUGUUGCAACUUCCGCCCUCGGUGCGAUACGAUCACAAGUUUAUCGAACGAUAUUCAGCCAUCGAUGGCGUGUCAGGUCAAUCGCAACCACAGGAUAGCGGGAAUCUUUCGGAAGAACUUUUCUUUCUUUUGCAAUCUUUGGUCGUAUCCUGCCAGGCCAAGGAUAUCGAAUCACUGAUCAGCGUUAGGGAUCAGUUGUGCCAUUCCGCUGAACUGGGAGACUCCCAACAGGUGUUGCUGAAAGAACUCGUGACCAAGUACUCCAAAUGAUAUUAGGCGUAGAGGGAUUUCUUAGCACCGUAUUACCUAAUCCCUUGAUGUAUUGCUGUUGAUGUAAAUAACAUGUUAUGUAUGUACUAGCCAUAAGUCUUUUCAAGUAAUCUUUCUUAUAUUAUAAUAUAACGAUAUCAAUCACAUUUUGUGAUAUUCCCAGGAUAAGUAUAAAAGUAUUUGGAAUGUAUGACAUGUUAACCCUGUUUCUGUUGAAAUAAAUCUUAAGUCACCUAUACAAAAAGUA